UCUGUCGUUUGGAUAAAAUGAAAAAUUUGCCAAUUGGUUCAAAAUACUGUAAUGAUAAAGCUGGGGCUAUGUUUUGUGAGUCCAUUUCUAAGACAACAAGAGCUGAAGUUGUCAACAAAAUCAACAAUUGUUCUUGGUGUAGCAUUUCAUGUGAUGGGUCUACUGACUUCACGGGUGACGACCUAGAAGCAGUGUAUGUUCGAACAUGCUCAAAGGGAAAAAUAGAAGACUCAUUUUUGCAUCUUGGGUCCUCUGAAUCCGCAUGUAGCGAGGAUAUUUAUCAGUUCCUGAUGCAGACCCUUCAGAAUUUGAAGAUUGAAAGUAUUGUUAACACUAAACUUGUUGGUUUCUGUGCUGACGGAGCUUCAAAUAUGCAAGGAUUGAAGAAAGGCGUAGCAGCUCUAUUGAAACAAAAGUGGCCUUAUAUUCUAGUAACUCACUGCCUUGUGCAUAGGCUGGAGCUGGCCUUUAAAGACACCGUAAAGAAGUCUUCACCCAAACUUCAUGACAAGGCCACAACUCUACUUCUUGGUUUAUAUUACCUUUUCAGAAAGAGCCCAAAAGAAAAAAAAGGGUUGCAACGAACUUUUGAAGUACUUGGUGAAAGACAGCUGUUACCUACUAGAAUUGGUGGCACAAGAUGGUUGCCCCACUUUAUGAGGGCAAUUAACAUAUUUCAUAAAACUUACAAGGUGUUACGUUAUCAUCUAGAAACAUCAUCUCACAAAAAUGCAAAGGCUGAGGGAUUGGCUAAAAUUUUAGGGGAUGGCAAUGUGAUAGUCUACCUCAUUGCUAUGAAGAGAGUCAUCAACAAUUUGCAGAACCUGUCUCUGUACCUGCAGCAAGACCAGAUAAGCCUCGCUGAUGCUUACACACGAGUAGAGUCAGCAAAAAUAACUUUUGCACAGCUUAUAGACAAAGAAGACACCAGUGUUUCUGCUGUGUUGGAAACUGAAACCUUCAGUGGUGAGAAAUUGAUCUUCAAGGGUCAAAAGUGCUCCAGUAAUUUACUGAAUGGUACAGUCAGAGAACUACUGGCAUCUCUAGAAAGCAGAUUUCCCCCAUCAGAGUUGAUUUCAGCCACCCUGAUUGCAUCAUUCAAAAACUGGCCUCAUUUGAAUGAUGAUCAAUUAAAAGAUUCAGUGUAUGGAGAGAAAGAGGUGGCGGUUCUCUACAAUCACUUCGGCCCAGUUGUAUUUCCUGAUGUCACAGACACUAUUACUUUGGAUGAUGUAACAGAUGAAUGGACAACAUUAAGAACACUUGUUUAUAAGAAGGAUCCACACAUGAAGGAGUUGUUAAAGUGGGAACAUAUAAUCUGUGACUUAUCAGACCAAAAUCUUCAAAACAUCUUUAAAUUGAUGGAAGUUGUACUGGCUCUUCCACCUACAUCAGUCAAGUGUGAAACAGCAUUCUCCGCCAUGAAACUUCUUAAAACAAAACGAAGAGGUCGACUUGGUAACAGACGGCUUAAUGACCUCAUGGCUAUCAAGAUUAUGUCACCAAGCAUAGAAGAGUUUGAUCCUGAACCAGCUAUUGCUGACUGGCUGAUGUCUACACCAUCUGAACAAAAGAGACGAAUUGGGGAGAGAACUGUUAAGACCAGCACAUCAAGUACAGUCACUUUAUCAUCUGAUUCUGAGGAUGAAGUAAUGGAAGAAGCAUCAGUUAGUGGAAUACAGACAACUUUGAACAUACCUGCUAGGUUGUCUAAGAAGGAUCUUGAGUGUUGUGACGAUAGUGACUCAGAUAGCGACGAUGAGGACACAGACAUGACAGAAGAUCUUGUUUUUUCCAUGUUAAACACAUACUUACGUGAAUAAAUGAGACAAAGAGUUACAUUUUUGAUUUUCUGUUGUUUAAUGGUCCAUAAAACAUGCAAAUUGCUAUUUCUAUGCAAAAAGUACUAUAUUG